AACAAAUUAUUUACUAACAGAAAGUACCCAACUCAUUUUUUGUCCAAAAAAAAAAAGAAAAGAAAACUUGCCAACAAAAAAAUAACUAAUUAGAGUAGCCAACAUAACAAUGAUUUCUGCUUUUAGAAAUCGUAGAGCAGCAAAAAAUGCUAAAAAUGUCAAGAAAAUGAUGGAUGUGGAGGUUGAUGAGGUGACCAUACCGGACCAUUUUCGAUGUCCGAUAUCAUUAGAGUUGAUGAAAGACCCGGUGACUUUAUCGACCGGGAUAACUUACGAUAGGGAAAGUGUAGAGAAAUGGAUAUAUGAAGAUGGAAAGCACACGUGCCCGGUCAGCGGUGUUGUGUUGACUAGUCUUGACCCUGUGCCAAACCAUACUAUUAGAAGGAUGAUUCAAGAUUGGUGUGUGGAGAACAAGUCGUAUGGGUUUGACCGCAUUCCAACUCCUCGAGCUCCAACUAGCUCAAAUCAAGUGUCCGAGAUUUUAUCAAAGAUUGUUGCAAUGAGGUCAAAGAGAAAUGGAGAAGGGGUUAUGGAGUUAGUUGUAAAGAUUAAGGAUUUAGCAAAGGAAAGUGAGAGGAACAAGAGGUGCAUUGUGUCAAAUGGUGCAUCUCGGGUGUUCUCCGAGACAUUUGAGGCGUUUUCCUGUAAUGAAAAUCAGGAAAACGCCUCAGUAUUGGAAGAAAUAUUGUCAGGGUUAACCCUGGUUCUUCCGUUUGACCAACAGACUAAGUCUAGUCUGGGGUCAAACAGAUCUUUACAUAGCAUUGUAAAGAUAAUAAAGGCCGGAAGUUUAUCUGGCCGAAGGAAUGCAGCUUCGGUACUUAAAGAAAUCCUAUCAUCGGAUCAACGAAAGCUAAAUGAAUUCUCGGCGAUAGAAGGAAGUAUAGAAGCAUUAGCAAAACUCAUUUUGGAGCCAAUUGACACCACCACAACAAAUGCUUCAUUAUUAGCUAUUUACCCUUUGGUUACUCCAUUGACUUCCUUUGACCAAAAGAAAACCAUAAUAACAACAUUUCUUGAAAUGGGGUUAACCGAAAAGCUCAUAGAAAUGCUCGUACAAUGCACUAGAAGCGUAUGCGAAAAGACGUUAGCCGUUCUUGAAGGACUUUGCAGCAUUGAUGAAGGGCUUGAGAAGGCCUACAAACACGCGUUAACCGUCCCGGUUUUGGUGAAGAAGUUGUUGCGGAUUUCUGAUAUUGCAACCGAGUUUUCGGUUUCUAUUUUAUGGAAGUUGAGUAAAUAUGAAAAGAGUAUUGGAGAUGAAGAAAAUGUGGUGAUUGAAGCACUUCAAGUAGGUGCUUUUCAGAAGCUUUUGCUGCUGUUGCAAGUGGGUUCUUCUUCAAAAACAAAGGAGAAGGCUGGUGAUUUGUUGAAAGGGUUGAAUAUGCAAAGAGGAAGAGUUGAGUGUAUUGAAUCAAUGGAUUUCAAGAACCUCAAAAGGUCUUUUUGAACAAAAGUUUAGUUUAAUUAGGGGACAUAAUUUGAUUAUUUUGUAGAAUUUAACAAAGAUAAAUAUACACAUAGGAAUUAAUUAAUAUAAUGAUUCUUUUGCAUAUAAUGUUGAUAAUAGCUAUGAAAUGCACAGCUGAUUGUAUUUUUGACUUCAUUUUAUUGAAUUUGGUAA